CCGUCCAUCCGUCUCACCCUCGCUGUGUUGCUUUCGACGAAGCCAACACUUGUGGCAGGUGGGGUGCGACUGUUGGAGUGGGGUCCGCCAGUGCGUGCCUUUUGCCGGAGCGUCGGACACAUGCAGGCGAAGCUCUUCACGGCAGCAAUGUGCGAGACGGCCCUCACAGCUCUCGCCGCCGGUGCGCUUGGCGCCGUUGGAUUGCUUUGCGCCGUUGCGGACGUUGUGAUGGUCACGGCGCUGGGCAACGACAAACGUGCCGUUGUGUCCCGCGAGGAGGCGGCGGCGGAGGUGACCAUCGUGGAGGCCGUUGGUGUCUUGUCUUCAUACGCGCAGUGGGCACUGGCAGCGGCACCGGCACUUGGCACCAUCACAGCACACGUGGGGCCCGUGCGCAAGGGAAAGAAGGAGGCCGCUGUACGUGACCGCGUCGCUCACAGCAUCCUCCUCUCACGCAGCGUGCAGAUUGAGCCGCUGUUGCUGCUGGAGCGGCGGCAUGCAAGUUAA